UUCCUGACUUGCGCGUUAAGCUCGCUCCCUGCUGCUGUGCUGGCUCACAAAAUUCCACUGGUGUGAGCGAAGGCGGCGUCGCAGGGGGACGUGGACGGACCGGCUCCGGCUCCCUCCGGCACAGCCCGGCUCCCUCCGGCACAGCCCAGCUCCGCCCGGCGCGCCUGCCCCCUGUCCUGCGCCCCGUCCGACUCGCGGGCCGCCCUGCCCUGCGCCCCCUCCGACCCCGCUGACCGCAGCCGGCUGCCGCAACCGCCGGAUCAUGAGCCCCCGGCUGCUCCUGGCCGUCGGCCUGGCGCUGCUUUGUCCCGUGCAGGUAUUUUCACAAUCGUGUGUUUGGUAUGGAGAAUGUGGCGUGGUAUCCGAAGGUAAGAGAUACAACUGUGAAUAUUCAGGGCCACCCAAACCACUGCCAAAGGAUGGAUAUGACUUAGUGCAGGAACUCUGUCCAGGCUUCUUCUUUGAUAAUGUCAGUCUUUGUUGUGACGUACCCCAACUUCAGACACUGAAAAAUAAUUUGCAACUGCCUCUGCAGUUUCUGUCCAGGUGUCCAUCCUGUUUUUACAACCUGAUGAACUUGUUUUGUGAGCUAACCUGCAGCCCUCGACAAAGCUUGUUUCUGAAUGUUACAGAUACCACAGACUAUAAUGAUACCACCACAAAUGAGACCAAAAGAAAUGUAGAAGGACUACAGUACUACAUUGGACAGAGCUUUGCUGAUGCCAUGUAUAAUGCCUGCCGGGAUGUUGAGGCCCCCUCAAGUAAUGAUAAAGCCCUGGGGCUUCUCUGUGGGAAAGAUGCUAAAGACUGCAAUGCUACCAAUUGGAUUGAGUACAUGUUCAAUAAAGAUAAUGGACAAGCACCUUUCACUAUCACACCUAUUUUUUCAGAUGUCCCUGUUCAUGGAAUGGAACCAAUGAACAAUGCCACCAAAGGCUGUAAUGAGUCAGUGGAUGACGUAACUGGGCCUUGUAGCUGUCAGGAUUGUUCCAUUACUUGUGGGCCCAAACCCCAGCCCCCACCGCCUCCUGCUCCUUGGCUGAUACUUGGCUUGGAUGCCAUGUGUGUCAUUAUGUGGAUCUUCUACAUGGGAUUCUUGCUUGUGUUUUUUGGAAUGUUUUUUAUAGUAUGGUGUUACAGAAAACGGUAUUUUGUCUCUGAGUACACACCUAUUGAUGGCAAUAUAGCAUUUUCUGUUAAUGCCCAUGAUCGAGGAAUGGCUUGGCUCUUAACCUCCAACCUCCCUUCCUCUCAUGCUCUUCCAGGGGAGGCCUCCUGUUGUGAUCGGCUCAGUGUAGCAGUUGAGGGCUGCUUGACCAAAGGCUUCACCCGCUGGGGAUCUUUCUGUGUUAGAAACCCAGGGCCCGUCAUCUUCUGCUCCCUGGUCUUCAUCGCAGCGUGCUGUUCGGGUCUGGUGUUUAUGAGACUCACUACCAAUCCAGUGGAUCUUUGGUCAGCCCCCGACAGCCAAACUCACCUGGAGAAAGAAUACUUUGAAACUAACUUUGGGCCUUUUUUCCGUACUGAACAGCUUAUCAUCCAGGCUCCAUACACUAAACAACACACUUACCAGCCAUAUCCUUCCGGAACAGAUGUUCCCUUUGGGCCCCCUCUGGACAAAGGCAUCCUGCACCAGGUGCUAGACUUACAGACAGCCAUCGAGAACAUUACUGCUUCUUAUAACAAUGAAACUGUGACACUUCAGGACAUCUGUUUGGCGCCCUUAUCACCUUCCAACAACAACUGUAGCAUUAUGAGUGUACUCAAUUACUUCCAGAACAGCCAUUCUGUUUUGGACCACGAAAAAGGAGAUGAGUUCUAUGUCUAUGCAGAUUAUCACACCCACUUCUUAUACUGCAUACGGGCUCCUGCCUCUAUGAAUGAUACAAGUUUGCUUCAUGAUUCUUGUUUGGGAACAUAUGGUGGACCUAUUCUCCCUUGGCUUGUCUUAGGAGGCUAUGAUGGUCAAAACUAUAAUAAUGCUACUGCCCUUGUGAUUUCUCUUCUUGUCAAUAAUUACUACAACAAUACUGAAAAGCUACAGAGAGCUCUAGCCUGGGAAAAAGAAUUUAUCAACUUUGUAAAAAACUACAAAAAUCCAAACCUGACUAUUUCUUUCUCUGCUGAACGAAGUAUUGAAGAUGAGAUAAGUCGUGAAAGUAACGGUGAUGUUAUCACUGUUCUAAUAAGCUACACUGUCAUGUUUUUGUAUAUUUCCAUUGCCUUAGGACACAUCAAAAGCUGUCGUAGGUUCCUGGUAGAUUCUAAAAUCUCCCUGGGCAUUGCAGGUAUCCUGAUGGUGCUUAGCUCAGUAGUGUGUUCUCUAGGUCUCUUCAGCUAUGUUGGAAUUCCUCUCACCCUGAUUGUCAUUGAAGUCAUCCCAUUCCUGGUGCUUGCAGUUGGAGUAGAUAACAUCUUUAUUCUAGUUCAGACCUUUCAGAGAGAUGAACGCCUUCAAGGGGAAACACUGGAUAAACAACUGGGCAGGAUCCUGGGGGAAGUGGCUCCAAGCAUGUUCUUGUCAUCAUUUUCAGAGACCGUAGCAUUUUUCUUAGGGGCUUUGUCAACCAUGCCAGCUGUUCGAACUUUUUCUCUGUUUGCUGGAAUGGCUGUUUUCAUUGAUUUCCUCCUUCAAAUUACAUGUUUUGUGAGUCUUUUGGGACUGGACAUUAAGCGUCAAGAGAAAAAUAAAUUGGACAUUCUGUGUUGCAUCAGAAUUGUUGAAGACAGAACUGGCCCCCAGCCAUCAGACAGUUAUUUGUUUCAGUUUUUCAAAAAUGCCUUCUCUCCACUUCUGCUGAAGGACUGGAUGCGGCCUAUUGUGAUAUCUCUGUUUGUGGGUAUUCUGUCAUUCAGUAUAGCAGUUCUCAACAAAGUGGAAGUUGGCUUGGAUCAGUCUCUUUCAGUGCCAGAUGACUCCUAUGUACUGGAUCAUUUCAAGUCCAUGAAGCAGUACCUAAAUACAGGUCCCCCUUUAUAUUUUGUGCUAGAAGAAGGACAUGACUAUACCUCUCUAGAAGGACAGAACAUGGUGUGUGGUGGAAUGGGAUGUAACAACAACUCACUUGUGCAGCAAAUUUUUAAUGCUGCAGAACUAGAGAAUUACACAAAGAUAGCCUUUGCUCCUUCUUCCUGGAUUGAUGAUUAUUUUGAUUGGAUUAAACCCCAGUCUUCCUGCUGCCGGAUUUAUAAUAUGACAGACCAGUUUUGUAAUGCUUCAGUUGUUGACCCAGCCUGUAUUCAUUGUCGGCCUUUGACUCCAGAGGGCAAAAGAAGGCCUCAGGGUGAAGACUUCAUGAAAUUUCUGCCUAUGUUUCUUUCUGAUAACCCCAAUCCUAAAUGUGGCAAAGGGGGGCACGCAUCUUAUAGUUCUGCCGUUCACAUGAAAAACAAUUACACCAAGGUUGGAGCCACGUACUUUAUGACUUUUCAUACUGUGCUUCGUACUUCCUCUGACUAUACUGAGGCCAUGAGAAAAGCAAGGAUAGUGGCCACUAAUAUCACUGAAACCAUGGGCCUCCAGGACAAAAACUACCGGGUGUUCCCAUACAGUGUUUUUUACGUCUUCUAUGAACAGUACCUGACCAUUGUGGAGGACACCAUCUUCAACCUUGGCGUAUCCCUGGGAGCAAUAUUCUUGGUGACUACAAUACUCCUAGGCUGUGAUCUGUGGUCUGCAAUGAUCAUGUGUGUUACAAUUGCUAUGAUUUUGGUCAACAUGUUUGGAGUUAUGUGGCUCUGGGGCAUCAGUCUGAAUGCUGUUUCCUUGGUCAACUUGGUAAUGAGUUGCGGUAUCUCUGUGGAGUUCUGUAGUCAUAUAACCAGAGCUUUUACCAUGAGCAGAAAGAGGAGUCGGGUGGCGCGUGCUGAGGAGGCGCUGUCUCACAUGGGCAGUUGUGUUUUUAGUGGAAUUACACUAACAAAAUUUGGAGGGAUUGUGGUGUUGGCCUUUGCCAGAUCUCAGAUUUUCCAGAUAUUUUACUUUCGGAUGUAUUUAGCUAUGGUCUUGUUGGGAGCCACACAUGGCUUAAUAUUCCUUCCAGUCUUGCUUAGCUAUGUAGGGCCAUCAGUAAAUAAAGCUAAAAGUCAGGCUGCUCAAGAACGAAACAGAGGAACUGAACGGGAACGGCUCCUCAACUUCUAGUCCUUUAGGUGGCUGAAUGGUCAUGUGGUAUAGCAUGGGGCAGUCAUGGUAUUCUAGGAACUGUGGUGUUGGCGUGACUAGCUUGUGCACUGGACAUCACUGAACACCACCGCUAUUUAACACCAACAGCUUCAGAUGUGUUUUUUAAACUCAGGAAUGCUCAACUUGGACUUGUGAAGCAGCAUUACUAAAUCUUUAGGACACUGAGACACUUUGGAGAAGCUAGAAGAAACAUGUAACUUCUCAGCAAGCCAAAAGUGACGGCCAAUAUUGGUGGGUAUGAGAAUAGACUGCUCACUGCCACCUUUUUUUUUUUUUAAAGAAAAAGCAAAUCAAUGCAAUUUUUUCUCCCUCUACUUUUAGGGAAAAAGCCAUUCAUACAGGUUCUGUACCAUAUUUUUAAGUAACCUUCCAGAAUACUGUGUAUAUAUAUAUAUUGUACACAUAUAUAUAUUAAUAUUAUAUAUACUUUAUAACAUUUUGUAGUUCAAAGAGCUUUAUUAAUGCAAUAAAUUAACUUUGUACAAUUUUUGUAAAAACUAGCAAAUGAAUUCAAAAAGUUGUAGGCUUCAUUAGAGCUUGGUCUCCGAAAACCUGUUUGAAAAAAGCAACAUGUUCAUCACAGUGUUCUCCUGUAAAGGAAAAUAAAAUAAAGUCUGUUAGAUUCACUAUUUAAAGGAAUUUCACAGAUUAAAAACAGAUGGGGAAAAUGAACCUAGAACAAACACCUGCAGUUGGUACAUAUGUAUGAGGGGUUUUAACUUAUUUUCUUUAAUAAAAUGAUAUGUUUUUCUUAGG